CACCCCUGUCUUAACCACUAGCAGGAGAAAUGAAGCACAUUAUCAAUCUAUAUGAAAACAUCAAUGACACAACAAGAAAUAAUUCAGACUGCCCUCAUGUGGUUUUGCCAGAAGAGAUAUUUUUCACAAUAUCCAUCAUCGGAGUUUUGGAAAAUCUGAUGGUCCUUCUGGCUGUGAUGAAGAAUAAGAAUCUCCAGUCACCCAUGUACUUUUUCAUUUGCAGCUUGGCCAUUUCUGAUAUGUUGGGCAGCCUAUAUAAGAUCCUGGAAAAUAUCCUGAUCAUGUUCAGAAACAUGGGUUAUCUCAAGCCUCGUGGUAAUUUUGAAACCACAGCAGAUGACAUCAUCGACUCCCUGUUCAUCCUCUCCCUCCUUGGCUCCAUUUUCAGCCUGUCUGUGAUAGCUGUUGACCGCUACCUCACAAUCUUCCAUGCUCUACAGUACCACAGCAUUGUGACCAUGCGCCGUGCCAUUGUCGUCCUGAUGGUCAUCUGGGCGAGCUGCACAGGCAGCGCCAUUACCAUGGUGAUCUUCUCCCAUCACAUCCCCACAGUGAUCACCUUCACAUCGCUAUUUCCUCUGAUGUUGGUCUUUAUCCUGUGCCUCUAUGUGCACAUGUUUUUGCUUGCUCGGUCCCAUGCCAGGAAGAUCUUGACCCUUCCCAGAGCCAACCUGAAAGGGGCCAUCACACUGACCAUCCUACUUGGGGUCUUCAUCUUCUGUUGGGCCCCCUUUGUCCUUCACAUCCUGUUAAUGACGUUUUGCCCAAAUAACCCUUACUGUGCCUGCUACAUGUCCCUCUUCCAGGUGAAUGGCAUGUUGAUCAUGUGCAAUGCAGUCAUUGACCCCUUUAUAUAUGCCUUCCGGAGCCAAGAGCUCAGGGAUGCAUUUAAAAAGAUGAUCCUCUGUAGCAAGUACUGGUAGAAUUAUUGG